AUGAAUACUCCGAAAUUAUUGUAUACUAUAGAGCAACCUCAUGGCCUUGGAGAGUUGUAUUUCUCAUGGCAAAAAGGUGAAGCUAACUCAUUGUUGGCUACAACUGGUACAGAUGCCACAGUCGCUAUCCAUGAUCGAUCAGGCCAGCUGGUGGAGAGAUUAAAGUUAUCGGGUCUUUGUGCUGGCAUGGAAUGGGACAAUGAUGGAGACUACUUAGCUUUUAUCACACCAAACAGCAAUUCUGUGUUGUUAUGGGAGUGUCAUGCCAAUAAAAGGGUCAACAUAGAAACUGGACUACGUGAAGCUCCAUCUUGCUUGGCGUGGUCUUAUGGAGAGCCAUUGCUUGCAAUAGGAACACAGAAAGGAAAUUUGGCAUUGUAUAACCAUCAUACAACAAAGAGGAUACCUAUUAUAGGCAAACAUACUAAAAAAAUUACAUGUGCAGUUUGGAAUAAAGAUAGCAUAUUAGUACUCGCAUCGGAUGACAAAAAUUUAUCUAUCAACAAUUCAGAUGGAGAUACUCUUAGAAUGAUCUCCUUACGAGAUAUACCAAACGAUUUACAGUUUUCUGAAAUGAAGACUGAUGAAAGAGUUGCCGGGGAAAAUACUAUAAGCCUUGUAGUUGGUAAGAGGACAUUAUACUUGUACAAUCUUCUCAAUCCUGAAAAUCCGAUAGAACUGGCGUUCCAACAGAGAUAUGGUUCAAUUGUGUCUUACAAGUGGUAUGGAGAUGGUUACAUUCUCAUUGGGUUCAGUGCUGGGUACAUUAUAGCAAUUUCGACUCAUAUAAAAGAAGUGGGUGAGGAAUUAUUUCAAGUCAAGAAUCAUAAAGAUAAUUUGACAGAUAUGGAUGUAUUUAAUGGACAGGCUGCCUCUUGUGGUGAUGGCCAAGUGAAGCUGGUGUCGGUGUGGGGCGGCGGGGCGGGCGCCGCGGUGGGCGGCGUGUCCCCGGCGGGCGGGGCGGAUCGCUGCGCAUUCAGCGCGGGCGGGCGGCUGCUGUGCGCGGCCGGCCGCCAUCUUAGCGUGUACGUGACGUCAUUGCCGCCGCUGUGCGCCGCGCACGGCACGCGCGCGCUCGCACUCACCAACCUGGCCGAGCUCACCGUCUACCAGUGCAUAGCGGUGCCAGACGAGCCCGAGCUCAGUAAAUCGGAGCCGACGGCGCUGGCGCGCUACGCCCUGGAGGCGGAGCCGAGCGCGGUGGCGCUGGGCGCGGCGCACGCGUGCUACGCGAGCGGCGCGGUGGGCUGGUCCCAGCCGCUGGGCGGCGCGCGCGCGAGCCGCCGGCCCUACCCCGGCGCCGUGGACGCGCUGCGCGCCGCCGGCCGCCACGCCGCCGCGCUGUGCCGCGGCCGCGCGCUGCUGCACGCGAUCGAACCUCCCGAACCGUCGCAACCGGAACAAGAUGCAAUGAUAUUCCCGGAACCGCAUAUGCAAGGCGCAAAAAUAGUUGAUAUACACUUGACCAGUGAUUUUUUCAUAUUCGUUACCGACCAAGGCCACAUAGAGUACUUCGGGCUGGAGGAGUGGCGCACGUGCUCGCGCUACAAGCACUCGUGCGGCGUGGCCGCGCUGCACUGCGACAUCGGCGGCGCGCGCGCGCUGCUGCUGGACGAGCGGCGCCGCGCGCUCGUGUACUGCGCGCCCGCCGCCGAGCUGUGCGCGCUGCCCGAGCGGCCCGGCCGGCCCGCCGCGCGCAGUUACAAAGGUGCCAUAUGGGACAUCUGCCUGUCUGACCGCAACGUGUUCGCCGUGUACACUGGGGAUACUAUCGACACGUACUACUUCUCGCCGAACUCUAUCGAAGGGUCGCAUGUGGAUUUUGUAGCGAGCACCAGUCUACUGCAAGAUCAGAUACCACUAAUAUUGUUCUCUGGUGACGUCUACUGUUAUGCAAGUGGUGGAAAUGUGGUAAAAAUGGCUCUAGAUUCUCAUAACACAAGUGGUCUAGCAGACGUCGAUACGGAAAAGCGCUUGGCAAAUCAAAGGAAGCAUAUCGAGAAGUUACUUUUACUGCGACGCUUCUCAGAAGCGUGGUUGUUCUGUGACGCCGUGGAUGAGGACGAAAUGUGGAGGAAACUGGGGGAAGCGGCCAUUGCUGAUUUGAACGUCGAGUUUGCGAUUCGAGUGUAUACGAAAUUAAGCGACGUAGCUAUGGUAUGGGCUCUGGAAGACGCAUCACAUAUAGAAGAUUUACCAACUUUAUGUGGGGCCCUGUGCGCGUGCGUGGGCCGCGGCGAGGCGGCAGCGCGCUGGCUGCAGGGCGGGGGCGCGCUGGCGGUGGAGCUGCACGCGGCGCGCGGCGACUGGGCGCGCGCGGAGCUCGUGGCGGCCGCCGCCUGCCCGCAGCGCGCGCCCGGGCUCGCGCUGCGCCGCGCCGAGCACCUCGAGCUCACUGCCGAUUACCACGAGGCUCUGGCCACUUAUGAAAAGAGCAUGAUUGUAGAUAAACCUAAUGAUAUCAAAACGAAGGAACACAAUGCAAAGUGUGAAGCCGGGAUCGCUCGUAUGUCUAUUCGAUGCGGUGACGUCAUGAGAGGUGUCACGACUGCAAUGAAAUACUCUCAUGACAUUAAUCUAAUUAAAGAUUGCGCCCAACUACUAGAGGAGGAAAAGCAAUACACUCAUGCGGCAGCGUUGUACGAUCACGCGGGUAACACGGAAAAGGCGGCUUCGCUAUAUAUAAAACUGAAAUCAUGGUUGAAAGUAGAAGCCUUGAUACCGAAAAUUAAUUCACCAAGUAUUCAUCUUCAAUAUGCGAAGUCUAAAGAAGCCGAAGGAAGAUAUGGCGACGCUCUCAAAUCUUAUUUAAAAGCUCAAGACUAUGAGUCUGCAAUACGAUUAAAUUUAGACAAAUUGGAUGAUAUCGACGAGGCCGUUAACUUAGUCCAAGAAACGAAAUCCGUCCAAGGAGCCAAGAUGGUCGCAAAUUACUUCCAGAAUAGCGACGAUCCCACAUCCGCGAUAAAGUUCCUAAUUAUGUCUCUUUGUUACGAUGAGGCGUUUCAACUAGCCAGGAAGAAUGGUAAAUUGAGUUUGUAUGGAGAGAUUUUGAUUCAGACCUCACAGGCGAGGCCAGAGGAUUUCAAGAGUUUGGCGUUGCAUUUCGAAGGUGAAAAGAAUGAUCUGUUGGCGGGGAAGUUUUAUUUUCACGCGGGCGAGUAUAACAAGGCGAUGACGAAUUUGCUGAAGGCGGCAAGAUUGGAGGGAGAUGAGAAUGAGGCAGUUACGGUCGCCAUAGAUGUGGCCGCUGCUUGCGAUGAUGAGAGAUUGACUAGAAGAUUGAUCGAGUUUUUGUUGGGUGAGGUUGACGGAAACCCACGUGAUCCUCGUCAUUUGUUCCGACUCUACAUGGCUAAGAAGCAGUUCACAGAAGCAGCAAAAACAGCCGUACUAAUCGCGGCGGCGGAAUGUUCGAUGGGGCGCUACCGCGAGGCGCGCGACGUGGCGCGCGGGCUGUGCGGCGCGCUGCGGGCCCGCGCCGCGCCCGCGCCGCGCGACCUGGCGCGCGCGCUGGCGCUGCUGCACGCCUACAUGCUGGUUCGAACGCACGUGAAACGCGGUCGUCACGAUCUAGCUGCGAGAUUAUUGCUACGCACGGCUGCAGAAGUUGCUUUCUUCCCAACUCUACAGCACCAGGUAUCGAUCUUGACGUCGACGGUGUUGGAGUGUCAACGCGCGGGUCUACGAGCGCAGGCGCAUCGCUGGGCGCGCGAACUCAUGCGACCUGAGUAUCGCUCACGGAUCGACCCGAAGUACGUGAAGAAGAUAGAGUCAGUGGUGCGGCACGGCGCGCGGGCCGGAGCGGCGCCCGCCCCGCCGGAGCCCGCGGCGCCGUGCCCGCGCUGCGGCGCCGCGCUGCCGCUGGCGGAGCUGCGCUGCACGCGCUGCGAGAGCGACGUGCCCUUCUGCCUCGCCACCGGUAUGCACAUUGUUAAAGACGAUUUAACUGCGUGUCCAGAAUGCGACUUCCCAGCGAUACUGUCAGAGUUUAAAGAACUGUUGCGUGAUGAAGGCAAGUGUCCGAUGUGCGGCGAGGCUGUGGACUAUCGAAGACUCGUCAAAAUAGACGACGUAACUCUAUAUUUAGACUUUAAGACCGGCGAAUAAAAGUUCACAAUAGCGUGGCUUGUGUCUGAGAUUACAUUCCGUCCUUAUCAUAUAUAACAUCGGUGUCCCAAUUAUUGUUUAUCAGUGAAUUGUAAAUUUGUGUGAUUAUCAUAAAAUCGAUUUAUGUUUAUGUAUGUUUUAAAUGUUAAUAAAUGAUAUUUUGAAG